AUGCUCGAGCAUCUGACACGCCUGCAAUCCCGCCUUUUAAACCACCGAGCGUCCCUCGCCGAAGCCACCACCGCCCUUCAAUCCGGCAAAACCCUCACGGUCCCCUUCUCCGAGAUCCUCGAGCCCUUCUUCUCCGACACGCACCAAGUCGCCGACAUCGCCGUUUACCUCAACACCCAAGGCUCGCGCUUCCGUCACCGCGAGAAGCUGCUCAAGACCCUCUCGGUCGACACGUCGUGCCUGCUGCUGUGCGCGCCCGUCAUGCUGAUGCUGGACCUGUACAAGCAGCUGCUCUCCCUCGUCGACGCCGCGCUGGCCGAGGGCAAGCCGCGGAGCCUCUUCACCGCCGCAGAGAACCCGGCCUGCUCGUGCUGCUCCGCCAUCAGCCGCAUCACCUGGACCGACCUCGCGCCGCCGAACCUCGUCUUCUCCGCGGGCGCCUACCCCCCCGAGUCCUCCGCCGCCGGCCCUUCCACCAACACCACCAACACUACCGCCGCCUCUUCCGCCUCCGCCUCUUCCGCCUCCGCCUCCGCCUCCUCCACAUCCACAACAACCGCACCUGCCCCCGCACCAUCACCCACCCCCAUCCUCGACGCCUUCGCCAAGCUCCCCGAGCGCAUCGGCGGCUUCGCCAUGUCGAAUUCGUCGUCCAGCAGCCUCUCCCCCGGCUUGCGCCUGUGGAGCCUGGUCGGCACGCUGGAGUUCGAGGUGGCGCGGCUGAGCCAGGCGGUGCGGCUGGUCGAGGAGAAGUUCCCGCUCCUCACUAUCCGGGGUAUCUUGAAGCACACGAUUGCGAGUAUGCGCGAGGAGAUGGAUGCGGUGCUGAAGAUUGUGGGGGAGGUGAGGGGGCGGUGUGUUGUUCUUUGA